AUGACAGUAACAAAGGCAUCAGACCUCCUCCCAGAUUCUAUCCCCGUGUUGAUAGUGGGUGCCGGUCCUAUUGGCCUUUCCCUAGCUAUCGAGCUGCGGCUUCACGGUAUCGAGGCUGCAGUCAUCGAAAAAGACCUCGAAAUUGUGGACGGACACCCCAAAGGUCGCUCGAAUGAUCUUCGUACCGUCGAGCACUAUCGCCGCUGGGGCGUUAGUGAUAAGCUGCGCAAGUUUUCCUGGCAGCCAGCAAAUCCCAAGCAGCGGCUAGUCAUCACAGAAUCCUUGAUUCAAAAGCCACUCGGUUCUUUCCCGCUUCUGUAUGGCAGAGAUGUGGAGGAAUCAAACGAUCUGGCAGCCGAACCAUCGUUCAGUGUGCCACAACCUGUCACCAUGAAGUUUUUGCAAGCUCGCGCACUUGAACUGGGGGCUUCCAUCUUGCGAGGUUGGAAAGUACUUUCAGUCCGACAAGACGAGGAUCGAGUCAUAGCUGAGAUCCAAUCUCCCAGUGGUGAAGUUCAUUCAAUCACUUCCGCGUAUGCCAUCGGAUGUGAUGGUCCCGGUAGCUUGGUCCGGAAAUCUGCAGGGAUUCAGCAGAAGGGCGUGGAACCCAUUGGGCAGACAUUGAGCUUUGUGGUGCGAGCAGAAGGUUAUCGAAUCAGUGAUUUGAUUAACUCACCUGCCCAUGAUGCUCUAGGAAUGCUCUUCGUACUGAGCCCCCGCGUGUCCUCGAUUAUAAGUAUCCCCGGGAAGGACGAUUGGGGAUACAGCAUCACCGUGCCUGACGGGAAGACCCUCACCGAAGAAGAGAUCCUGUCAAUCGGUCGAGAAAUCUUGGGAGUGAAAACGAACUUGAAAAUUGUUAGUCGAUCUUCUUAUAAGGUAUUCACAAGAGUGAGUGAGUCGUAUCAAAAUGGCCGGCUCCUGAUCGCUGGCGAUGCAUCUCAUCUUUGUCCUCCGACUGGAGGGCACAACAUGAAUGCCGGCAUCGGAGAUGCAGUUAAUCUCGGGUGGAAGCUUGCUGCUGUCCUGAAAGGCUGGGGAGGACAAAAACUGCUGGAGUCUUAUGACCUUGAGCGUCGGCCCGUGGGCGAGCUUGUUUCUGAUGCGGCUAUGAAGAACAGCUAUGACCUGAAAAAGGUCGCAGAGAUAGUUGAGGGACUACCCUCAUUGGAGGACGCAAGUGAGGGAGAACGAUUGCAACGGGGCCAACUUGCGUAUGACCUGACUUACCCAGAGUGGAACAUCGUUGGAGUUGCACUUGAUCAACGCUACGACCGGUCACCAGUCAUUGUUCGCGACAGCCAACCAAGUGAACCUUAUGACGGUACAAAGAUUUGGUCUCAUGCAACACCUGGUCAUCGCGCACCGCAUGUCUGGCUGCCGGAUGGCUCGCCUUUGUUAGAUCACCUCGGGGAAGAGUUCACACUCAUAGAUGUGGAGGCAGUCGAGAAGAACGUUCAAGAAAUUCUCGCCGCUGCUGAUCGAGUCGGAUUACCGCUAAAAAGACUUCAAUUGUCUGCUGCCGUUGCUCGGGCAAAGUAUGCGGCAGAGAUUACCAUCAUCAGACCCGAUCAAUACAUAUCUUGGCAGGGCUCUCAGAGCGAUAACCCUGCAUUGCUAGUUGACAUAAUCCGGGGUGUAUAA